CCCUUGUAGAGAGUUGCCUGCCACAAGAAGGCUGGGUGCCCCUUCCUCUGGGUGUCCUUUCUGUCUCCCGUCCUGCUGUCAGGUAAUGCCAACCCCAAACCCCUGAACCAAUCACCCUAAUCAGACUUUGAUCCCCAACCUUAAGCCAGGUCAGGUGUCAGGGGAGCCUGUUCUGGCGCCUUUUCCUCAACAGGGCCUCUUCCCCUUUGUUGUUCAUUGAUUACAGAGAGUGCUGAUAGUUACUGCUUGCUGGAGUGGGAAAUUGCUCUCUCUUCUGCUUCCCAGGGUGAGGGACUGCUAAGAACAGCUUCUUUGCUGAAUGUGUCUGGGAUUGCUACUUAUCUGCCUCUUCCCCUGCUCUCCCCCCCUCACCCCACCCCCCCAGUUUAGGGACACCUUGGUUCAGCUUUCCAGGGAGUGUGGGGAUGGGGUUGGAAGCAGAUGAAGCAGCUCAGUACCAGAUGUAAGGACACAAUCCUCAGGAUGUUCCAAGGAAAAUAGAAGUCAGAACCAGAGGCCCUAACCCACACCCCAGUGAUGGGGCCCCCAGUGCGCCGUCUGUUGGCUGGCUUGUGUGUGGGGGUGGUCUUGGGCUGGGUAGGAGGCUCAGUCCCCAGCCUGGGCCCAGCUGAACAGGAACAGAACCACUACCUAGCCCAGCUGUUUGGCCUGUAUGGAGAGAACGGGACACUGACUGCAGGGGGCCUGGCUCGGCUUCUCCACAGCCUAGGGCUGGGCCGAGUUCAGGGGCUUCGCCUGGGACACCAUGAGCCUCCAACUGGGAGAGCUGCACCCCCAAGUGGCGACAAUUUCACACACAGGCCCCAGGAACCGGAGCUGAGUGUGAAUGUCUGGGCAGGAAUGCCUCUGGGUCCUUCAGGCUGGGGUGAACUGGAGGAGUCAAAGGCCCCCGAUCUGCCCCAUGAGCCAGGGCCCUCAGGCCUAGACCUCUUUCACAGACUUCUGCUGCUGGACCAUUCGUUGGCUGACCAUCUGAAUGAAGAUUGUCUGAAUGGUUCCCAGCUGCUGGUCAAUUUUGGCCUCAACCCUGUUGCUCCUCUGACCCCUCGUCAGUUUGCUCUGCUAUGUCCAGCCCUGCUUUACCAGAUUGACAGCCGUGUCUGCAUCAAAACCCCAGCUCCAGCACCUCCAGGAGACGUACUGUCUGCCCUGCUUCAUAGUGCCCUGGCAGUCCUGCUGCUCAGCCUCCCUGCUCCCCUCUCCCUGCUGCUGCUGAGGCUCCUGGGACCUCGUGUGUUACGGCCGGUGUUAGGCUUCCUAGGGGCCCUGGCCGUGGGCACCCUUUGUGGAGACGCAUUGCUACACCUGCUGCCCCACGCACAAGGAGGGCAACACACAAGACAUAGUGAGCAACCAGAGGAGGAUCUGGGUCCAGGGCUAUCAGUGCUUGGUGGCCUCUUCCUGCUCUUCGUGCUAGAAAACAUGCUAGGACUUGUGCGGCACAGAAGGCUCAGGCCAAGAUGCUGCAGGAACAAAAGGGAUCUUGGAGAACCAAACCCUGACCCAGAGGACGGCAGUGGGAUGGUCCUUCGACCCCUACAGGCAACUUCAGCAGAACCAGAGGUUCAGGGCCAGGGAGAGAACAGCCAGUCCCCACCAGCUCCAGCCGCUCCUAGGCACCGAGGCCACAGUCACGAGCAUCGGGGUGGCAGCAGUCCUAGUAUCGCAUGGAUGGUUCUCCUGGGAGAUAGCCUUCACAACUUCACUGAUGGGCUUGCACUAGGUGCCGCCUUCUCUGACGGCUUCUCCAGUGGCCUCAGCACCACCCUAGCAGUCUUCUGCCACGAGCUGCCCCAUGAACUGGGUGACUUUGCCAUGCUGCUUCAGGCAGGGCUGUCAUUCCGGAGGUUGCUGCUGCUAAGCCUUGUUUCUGGAGUCCUGGGACUGGGGGGUGCAGCCCUCGGGGUGGGGCUCAGCUUGGGCCCUGUUCCCCUCACUCCCUGGGUGUUUGGGGUCACGGCUGGGGUCUUCCUCUAUGUGGCCCUUGUGGAUAUGCUACCAGUCCUGCUGCGUCCUCCGGAGCCCCUGCCUGUGCUCCAUGUGUUCCUGCAGGGGCUGGGGCUACUGCUGGGGGGCAGCCUCAUGCUUACUAUAGCCCUGCUGGAGGAACAGCUACUGCCCAUGGUUCCUGAUAGCUGAUGGGGGCCAGUGGCAAAGGAUCCAGGCUGCCCUUCCUUCCCCCCAACCACAGGAACGGAGGCGGGACACAGGGCCAGUAGGAGCAAUAGGACUUUAAUAAACAGAACCCGUCCCAAAGCCA